AUGCAGGAAUAUCUUGAACAACAUAUUGGAGUUAAAACAAGAAGACAGGUAUUAUAUAAGGGAUAUGUUGAAGGGAUAUUAGCUACUGGGAUGCAGUCAAAUCAUGGUUUUGAUGGCCAGGUCAACGCCUGCUGGACACACAGAAUUUCUAAAAAAGAAGUAGAAGUGAUUGGGAACCAUGGUUUGUUGAUAUCAGUCAUUCAUGGGAGGUGUGAUGUGAUUGCUCAAAUAUCUCAUCCAAAAAGGCUUGCACACAGACUUUAUCCACUUGCAAAAAUGGUAGAGCUUCCGGGAGGUCAUCUUGUGAGUCAUGAGAGGAGUAAAGAGGUGAAUGAAGCUCUACCGGAUUUGAUCAAAGCAUCAGAAACCAAGACAAGACCAUUUGACUGGACUAAUUUAUCCCCAAAGCCAAACACCUCUACCUCUAGCUCAGGUUGUUGGACAUCAUCAUUUAGCACUAGCAGCAGAUUAAUUUCAGAGACAGAAAGCACCAAUUCUGGGAUUGCAGAAACCAAUUAA